AUGGUGACCAGCACUCAGAGCAAGAAAUCAGGCUUGGAGCCCUUACUUGGUCACUCCCCAUCACCUGGGGCCAUAGGCGUGCAAAGCUUCACUGGGUGCCUACAAAACAAUAAGAUUAGAUCCAUAUCCAUCUAUUCUUUCAGAGGACUGUACAGUCUUACUAAACUGUAUCUUAGUCAUAACAGAAUAACCUUCUUGAAGCCAGGUGUUUUUGAAGAUCUCCACAAACUAGAAUGGCUGAUAAUUGAAGAUAAUCACCUCAGUCGAGUUUCCCCACUAACAUUUUAUGGACUAAAUUCUCUUACGCUCUUGGAGCUGAUGAAUAAUGUCCUCACCCAUUUGCCUGACAAACCUCUUUGUCAGCACAUGCCAAGGCUCAGUUGGCUGGACUUUGAAGGCAACCAUAUCCACAAUUUAAAAAAUGUGACUUUUAUUUCCUGCAGUAGUUUAACUGUCUUGGUAAUGAGAAAAAACAAAAUUAAUCACCUAAAGGAAAAUACUUUUGCACCCCUCCACAAACUAGACGAGCUGGAUUUAGGAAAUAAUAGGAUUGAAAGUCUUUCACCGCAUGUAUUUGAGAACCUGAAGGAGCUCUCAAAAUUGAAUCUUUCCUAUAACCCAAUCCAGAAACUUCAACCAAACCAAUUUGAUUCUCUUGUCAGUCUCAAGUCUCUCAGCCUAGAAGGAAUUGAAAUUUCAAAUAUCCAACAAAGGAUGUUCAGACCUCUUAUGAAUCUCUCUUACAUCUAUUUUAAGAAAUUCCAGUACUGUGGAUAUGCACCACAUGUUCGCAGCUGUAAACCAAACACUGAUGGAAUCUCAUCUCUAGAGAAUCUCUUGGCAAACAUCAUUCAGAGAGUGUUCGUCUGGGUUGUGUCUAUAGUUACAUGCUUGGGAAACAUCUUUGUCAUUUGUAUGCGACCUUUUAUCAGGUCUGAGAACAAGCUGCAUGCCAUGUCAAUCAUAUCUCUCUGCUGUGCUGACUGCCUAAUGGGAAUAUAUUUACUUGUGAUUGGAGCCUUUGACCUAAAGUUUCGUGGAGAAUACAGUAAGCAUGCACAACUGUGGAUAGAGAGUUUUCAUUGUCAGCUUAUGGGAUCUUUGGCCAUUCUGUCUACAGAAGUUUCAGUAUUACUUUUAACAUUUCUGACAUUGGAGAAAUAUAUCUAUAUCGUGUAUCCUUUUAGAUAUUUAAGACCUAGAAAAUGCAGAACAAUUACAGUACUGAUUCUCAUUUGGAUUAUUGGGAUUAUAGUGGCUUUUGUUCCUCUGAGCAAUAAGGAAUAUUUCAAAAACUACUAUGGCACCAAUGGAGUAUGUUUCCCUCUUCAUUCAGAAGAUACAGAAAGUAUUGGAGCCCAGAUUUAUUCAGUGGCAAUUUUUCUUGGUAUUAACUUGGCGGCAUUUGUUAUCAUAGUUUUUUCCUAUGGAAGCAUGUUUUACAGCGUUCAUCAAAGCACCAUAACAUCAACUGAAAUACGGAAUCAAGUUAAAAAAGAGAUAAUUCUUGCCAAACGGUUUUUCUUUAUUGUGUUUACUGAUGCAUUAUGCUGGAUACCCAUUUUUGUACUGAAAUUCCUUUCAUUGCUUCAGGUAGAAAUACCAGGUACCAUAACCUCUUGGGUAGUGAUUUUUAUUUUGCCCAUCAACAGUGCUUUGAACCCAAUUCUUUACACUCUGACCACAAGACCAUUCAAAGAAAUGAUCCACCAGUUUUGGAAUAACUACAGACAAAGAAGAUCGACCAACAGCAAAGGAAGUCGGAAAACAUAUGCUCCAUCAGUCAUCUGGGUAGAAAUGUGGCCGCUGCAGGAGAUGCCACCUAAGUUCAUGAAGCCAGCUCUUUUCAGAGACCCCUAUGAAUUGUCACUAAUUUCUCAAUCAACUAGACUCAACUCCUGUUCAUAG